CAAAAAAUUUCUCUGCUCAUAAUUGGUCUCUUCUCUCCCCCACACAUAAGUCCAAAACCAAAUCACUUUUCCUUUUUUUUUUCUUCAACCUCUCUCCCUCGCUUCCAUUUUCAAUUUCGUAAUUUAGUCAUCGUUGAAACACACAGAGAGAGACCCCUAGAGAGAGAGAGAUUUUCUUCUCAUCUCCGGAGCUUCGAUUGCAGUUUUCAUCCAUUAUUCGUUCAUCCGAUUAUUCAAUAAAGUAGUGAUAGAGAGUUUAUAAGAGGCCAAAACCCCGUUGAAUCGCUGAUUCUGAUAGAGCUCAAAAGAAGUUUUGGGAUAAAAGGACAGGUCGUGUUUGAUGGAGUUUCACAGAUGAAAGAAUAUUGGGUUCUCAAAACCUCUUAUUGUUGAGUUGCCUCAAUAUAUGAUAUUUGGUUGAAGAAGUAAAUCCAGAAGAAAAGAAGAUAUGAGAAAGCAUCGGUUUAGAGAGACAUUGAAGUCUUUCUUUGAGCCUCAUUUUGAUCAUGAGAAAGGCGAAAUGCUCAAAGGAACUAAAUCUGAAAUGGAUAAAAAGGUGAAGAAAAUCUUGGGAAUGGUUGAGAGUGGAGACAUGGACGAAGAUAAGUCUAAAAGACAAGUGGUUUCAGAGUUAGUGAAUGAAUUCUACAACGCUUACCAGACUCUAUAUCGCAAGUACGAUGAUCUAACAGGAGAGAUUAAGAAAAAGGUCCACGGGAAAGGAGAAAGCUCUUCAUCAUCGAGCUCAGACUCGGAUUCUGACGAUUCUUCGAAGAAGAAGACCAAGAGAAACGGAAAAGUAGGGAAAGAUGUAGAGUCUGUAACAGAUGGACAAACCGAAGCUGCUAAUCUUGAAAUUGCUGAUCUGAAGAAAAAGUUGGCAACGAGCGUUGAAGAAAAAGCAGCAGUAGAUUCUGAGCUCGAAGCAGCUUUGGUGAAGUUAAAAGAAUCAGAAGAGAUCAUCAGAAAUUUGAAACUCGAAACUGAGAAGUUAGAGGGCGAAAAGACAACAGCUAUGAGUGAUAACAGAGAACUACAUCAGAAACUGGAAGCUGCGGGAAAAACAGAAACUGAUCUGAGCCAGACGUUAGAAGAUGUGAAAAAGGAAAGAGAUCAACUGCAAACUGAGAUAGACAAUGGUAUCAAAAGAUUCCAAGAAGCUGAAAAAGUUGCAGAAGACUGGAAAACAACGAGUGAUCAGCUCAAAGAUGAAGUUGCUAAUUUCAAGCAGCAGCUAGAAGCAUCAGAAAAGCGAGUUUCGGAUCUGACCCGGGGAAUGGAUAGUGCAGGGGAAGAGAACAGAUCUCUAUCCUUGAAAGUUUCAGAGAUUUCAGGUGAGAUCCAACAGGCACAGAACACCAUACAAGAACUAACUUCCGAACUGGGAGAGAUGAAAGAAAAAUACAAGGCAAAAGACAGUGAGCAUUCUAGUUUGGUGGAGUUACACGAGACCCAUGAGAAAGAAUCAUCGAGCCAAGUGAAAGAGUUAGAAGCACGAGUAGAAUCAUCAGAGAAAAUGAUUGGAGAUUUGAACCAAAACCUGAAUAAUGCAGAGGAAGAGAAGAAACUGCUCUCCCAGAGAGUCUCGGAAAUCUCUCACGAGAUUCAAGAGGCGCAGAACACCAUAAAAGAACUCAUGUCUGAGUCUGAACCGUUGAAAGAGAGCCACAGUGUGAAAGACAGAGAAAUGUUCGGUUUGAGGGACAUCCAUGAGACUCAUCAGAGAGAAUCAUCCACUCGCACGAGUGAAUUAGAAGCUCAGCUGGAAUCCUCAGAGAAGCGGGUCUCAGAUUUGAAUACGAGUCUGCAGUCUGCAGAGGAAGAAAACAAAGCCAUCUCCUCGAAAAAUGUGAAAACUCUAGACAAGCUAGAACAGGCGCAGAAGACGAUACAUGAACUCAUGGCUGAGUUGGGAGAGUUGAAAAACCGACAUGAAGAGAAAGAGAAUGAGCUUUCUAGUUUGUUGGAGGUACAUGAGGCACAUCAGAGAGAUUCAACAAGUCGAGUGAAAGAAUUAGUAGCAGUGGUGGAUUCAGCAGAGCAACAGGUUGCAGAUAUGAAACAGAGUUUGGACAGUGCAGAGGAAGAGAAAAAGCUGUUAUCUCAGAAAAUAUCAGAAAUCUCCAAACAGAUUCAAGAGGCGCAGAACACCAUACAAGAACUCACUUCUGAGUCUGAACAGUUGAAAGAGAGCCACAGUGUGAAAGAAAGAGAAUUUUCUGGUUUGAGGGACAUCCACGAGACUCAUCAGAGAGAAUCAUCCACUCGCACGAGUGAGUUAGAAGCUCAGCUGAAAUCAUCGGAACAGCGGGUCUCAGAGUUGAGUGCGAGUCUGAAUGUUGCAGAGGAAGAAAGCAAGUCCAUGUCCUCGAAGAUCUUAGAAACUACAGACAAGCUAGAGGAGGCACAGAUCAAGGUACAAGAACUAAUGGCUGAAUUGGCAGAAUCGAAAGAUGUACACAUACAAAAAGAGAGUGAGCUUUCUACUUUGUUGGAGGUACACGAGGCACAUAAGAGAGAUUCAUCAACUCGAGUGAAAGAAUUAGAAACUCUGGUGGAAUCAACAGAGCAACGAAAUAAAGAUUUGAACCAGAGCCUGAACAAUGCUGAGGAGGAGAAGAAGCUGUUAUCUCAGCAAAUUUCAGAUAUGUCGUAUGAGAUCAAGCAGGUGGAGAACACCAUACAAGAACUCAUGUCUGAGUCUGGACAGUUAAAAGAGAGCCACAGUGAGAAAGACAAGGAACUUCUCAUUUUGAGGGAUAUCCAUGAGAAUCAUCAGAGAGAUUCAUCCACUCAACUAAGAGAUUUAGAAGCGCAACUGAAGUCAUCUGAACAAAGGGUUUCUGAUCUGAAUGAAAGUCUGAAGAUUGCAGAGGAAGAAAACAAAUCCAUGUCCACUAAAAUCUCAGAUACUUCAGGGGAGCUCGAAAGGGUACAGAUAACGUUACAGGAACUCACAGUUGAGUCUAGCAAACUGAAAGAACAGCUUGCUGAGAAAGAAGCAGAACUUUUGCAUCUGACCGAGAAGGAAAGCAAAUCACAGUUGCAGAUAAAAGAACUAGGAGCAACAGUAGCGACCCUUGAGUUGGAGCUACAGUCAGUUCGUGCCCGUACCCUAGAUCUUGAGACAGAAAUUGCUGGACAGACCACUGAAGUUGAGCAACUAGAAGCGCAAAAUAGAGAAAUGGUUGCUAGAAUCUCUGAACUUGAGAAGACAAUGACCGAGAGAGGAACUGAACUCUCUGCUUUAACACAAAAACUUGAGGAUAAGGAGAAGCAAUCAUCCUCCACAACUGAGAGUUUGACAGCUGAGAUCGACGGCCUAAGAGCUAGACUAGAGUCACUGUCUGCUCAAAAAGAAGAGUCAGAGAAGCUAAUGGAGAGCGAAGGCGAUGAAGCCUCAAUGCAGAUUAAGGGUUUGGAGGAUGAGAUCGAUGAUCUGGGCCAGAAAGUGGUCUCACUUGAAAGCCAGAAAGCAGAACUAGAGAUCCAACUUGAGAGGAAGUCCGAGGAGAUCUCUGAAUAUAUGAGUCAGAUUACAAAUCUAAGAGAGGAGAUCACAAGCAAGGUCAAAGAUCAUGAUAAUAUUCUAGAAGAAAGAAAUGGUUUAUCUGAGAAAAUCAAGGGUCUUGAAGUUGAGAUAGAGACUCUACAGAAACAGAGAAGUGAGCUUGACGAGGAGCUAAGAACUAAAACACAAGAGAUCCUUCAAAUGCAGGAUAAGAUAAACAAAGCCUCUGCUGAUACAGUGGCGUUAACAGAACAGAUCAACAGUCUGCAGCAUGAACUUGAAUCUCUGCAGGUGAAGAAGAGUGAAACCGAAUCAGAGCUUGAUAGAGAGAAGCAAGAGAAAUCAGAUUUGUCUAAUCAGAUCACCGAUGUCAAAAAAGCAUUGGUAGAGCAAGAAGCUGCUUACAAUACCUUGGGAGAUGAACACAGACAGAUCAAAGAACUGUUAAAAGAACGUGAGGAAGCACUUAAUAAGCUAACGGAGGAUCACAAAGAAGCCCAAAGAUUAUUGGAGGAGACAGGAAACGAAAUAACAUCUAGAGAUUCUGCAAUCGCAGGUCAUGAAGAGACAAUGGAGAGUUUACGUAACGAGCUGGAAAUGAAAGGAGAAGAGAUAGAAACUCUCAUGGAGAAGAUCAGUAACCUCGAGGUUAAGCUACGUUUAUCGAACCAGAAACUGAGGGUCACCGAACAGGUGCUAGCAGAGAAAGAGGAAGCUUUCAGGAGAGAAGAAGUUAAGCACUUAGAGGAACAAGCAGUGCUUGAGAAAAGCCUCACGGUGACUCAUGAGACUUAUCGAGGUAUGAUGAAAGAGAUAGCAGAGAAAGUGAACACAACACUAGAUGUCUUUCAAUCAAUGUCGGGAAAAUUCACGGAGAAGCAGGGGAAGUACGAGAAAACGGUAAUGGAGGUAUCUAAAUUGCUGUGGACUGCUACGAAUUGGGUGAUAGAGAGGAAUCACGAGAAGGAGAAGAUGAAGAAAGAGAUGGAGAGGAAAGAAGAGGAAAUAAAGAAGCUUGAAGAGAAAGUAAGAGAAGAUGAAAAGGAGAAAGAGAGGAAAGACGAGGAGAUAAAGAAACUUGGAGAAAAGGUAAGAGAAGAUGAAAAGGUGAAGGAGAGGAAAGAAGAUGAAAUAAAGAAGCUUGGAGAAAAAGUAAGAGAAGAUGAAAAGGAGAAGGAAAGGAAAGAAGAGGAAAUAAAGAAGCUUGGAGAAAAAUUAAUAGAAGAUGAAAAGGAGAAGGAGAGGAUGAAGGAGACUUUGGUUGGACUUGGAGAAGAGAAAAGAGAAGCAAUAAGGCAGUUAUGUGUGUGGAUCGAUCACCACAGAGGUCGCUGUGAAUAUCUUGAAGAGGUUUUGUCUAAGACUGUUGUGGGUCGAGGGCAAAGACGGUCGCAGCGAGCCUAAGAGCUAGCGCCCAUCAUAGACAGUAUGGAAGAAGCUGGACUUCCGGAAAACUCCUGGCUGAGAGGAUAUUUUUGGUCGACUACUUUUGUGUCUGUUGUGUUAGUGUGAUUGUAUUGCAUUAUUCAUCUCCCCUGUAUUUUGUUUUUGCUGUUGUUAUAAAGUCAAAUUGGGUUAUAUUGUGGGCAAAGUUUGGUGGUGGAAUUAAAUGGGAAUAAUGGGCAUCCUGCAAAUGAUUUUGAUAUUAUAUUUUUGGAGGGUGUGAUUGUACAGAACGAUUAAUCAAUGUUGUCGGUAUAGUGUUUUUGAAUC